AUGAUAACCUCCGAGCUCUCUGUGCUCCAGGACUCGUCCAACGAGUCCGGGGCCACAGAUGCAGUGGGCCUCAGCAUGAGCAUAGCGGACAUGGAGGAUCCUGAGGUGAAGGGCAAGAAGAAGCGAGGGAGGCCGGGGAAACAAGCACAGACGGCCAAUAAGAAGCCCCGCAAGAUGCCAGUGGACAAAGGUUUGGGCGGGGGCAGGGGGCGAGGCAAAGCCAAUGGCGUGGCGCAACACAACGGCGACGGUUCAGAACCCAUCACGCUGUUCGAAGUGGUCAAGUUGGGAAAGAGUGCCAUGCAGUCGGUGGUGGAUGAGUGGAUCGAAUCAUACAAACAGGACAGAGACUUGGCCCUGCUCGAUUUGAUCAACUUUUUCAUCCAAUGCUCUGGGUGCAAAGGCACGGUCAGGAUUGAGAUGUUCCGAAACAUGCAGAACGCCGAGAUCAUUCGCAAAAUGACGGAGGAGUUUGAUGAGGACAGCGGUGACUACCCGCUCACCAUGCCGGGGCCAAUGUGGAAGAAGUUCCGUUACAAUUUUUGCGAGUUUAUUUGCGUGCUAAUCCGCCAGUGUCAAUACAGCAUUAUCUACGACGAGUACAUGAUGGACACGGUUAUCUCGCUCCUCACCGGGCUGUCCGACUCCCAGGUCCGAGCCUUUAGACACACAUCAACGUUGGCCGCCAUGAAGCUCAUGACUGCACUGGUGAACGUGGCUCUGAACCUCAGCAUCCACCAGGAUAACACGCAGCGGCAGUAUGAAGCGGAGAGGAACAAGAUGGUUGGCAAGCGGGCCAAUGAGAAGCUGGAGCUGCUGCUGCAGAAAAGGAAGGAGCUUCAAGAAAACCAGGAUGAGAUCGAGAACAUGAUGAACUCCAUCUUCAAAGGCAUAUUUGUGCAUCGUUACAGAGAUGCUAUUGCCGAAAUCCGAGCCAUCUGCAUCGAGGAGAUCGGCGUAUGGAUGAAGAUGUACAGCGACGCCUUCCUCAAUGACAGUUACUUGAAGUACGUCGGCUGGACACUGCACGACCGGCAAGGUGAGGUGCGUCUCAAGUGCCUGAAAGCUCUGCAGAACCUGUACACCAACCGUGAGUUGUUCCCCAAGCUAGAGCUCUUUACCAACCGCUUCAAGGACCGCAUUGUAUCAAUGACACUGGACAAGGAGUAUGAUGUAGCUGUAGAAGCCAUCCGAUUGGUUACUCUUAUCCUUCAGGGCAGCGAAGACGCACUCUCUAAUGAAGACUGUGAAAACGUCUACCAUCUGGUCUACUCUGCCCACCGGCCCGUGGCUUUGGCCGCUGGCGAGUUUCUGCACCGGAAGCUAUUCAGUCGUCACGACCCGCAGGCGGAAGAAGCAUUGGCCAAGCGCAGGGGUCGUAGCAGCCCCAAUGGGAAUCUCAUUCGCAUGCUGGUACUUUUCUUUCUGGAGAGUGAGCUUCACGAACAUGCAGCCUACCUGGUGGACUCCUUGUGGGAAAGCUCUCAGGAGCUGUUAAAAGACUGGGAGUGUAUGACCGAGUUGCUCCUGGAGGAGCCCGUGCAAGGGGAAGAAUUGUUGUCCGACAGGCAGGAGAGCGCGUUAAUAGAGUUGACGGUGUGCACAAUUCGACAGGCAGCAGAGGCCCAUCCGCCUGUAGGCAGAGGCACUGGCAAACGGGUGUUGACAGCCAAGGAGAGGAAGACCCAAAUUGACGAUAAGAACAAACUGACGGAACACUUCAUCAUGGCACUGCCAAUGCUCCUGUCCAAGUACCAAGCAGACUCUGAGAAAGUGGCCAAUCUGCUGCAGAUCCCGCAGUUCUUUGACCUAGACGUGUACAGCGCCGGGCGCAUGGAAAAACACUUGGAUGCGCUGCUUAAACAAAUCCGGCUGGUGGUGGAGAAACACAUUGAGACGGAUGUGCUGGAGGCGUGCAGCAAGACUUAUAGCAUCCUCUGCUCAGAAGAGUACACCAUCAUGAACAGAGUGGAUAUCGCCCGCUCGCAGCUUAUUGACGAGAUGACCGAUCGCUUCGCGCACUCCGUGGAGGAGCUGCUGCAGGAGGCCGAAGAAGCCGAUGACGAUGACAUCUACAACGUUUUAUCCACACUGAAAAGACUCACAGCCUUCCACAACGCUCACGACCUAACACGCUGGGAUCUGUUCGGCAACUGUUACCGGCUGCUGAAGGCGGGCAUCGAGCUGGGCUCCAUGCCGGAGCAGAUAGCCGUACAGGCGCUGCAGUGCUCCCACUACUCCAUCCUCUGGCAGUUGGUCAAGAUUACAGAGGGAGCUCCCAGCAAGGAUGACUUGCUGGCCCUAAGGAGAGUAGUCAAGUCUUUCCUUGCCGUGUGCCAGCAGUGCCUGUCCAACGUCAACACGCCCGUCAAAGAGCAGGCUUUUAUGCUGCUCUGCGACCUGCUGAUGAUCUUCAGCCACCAACUGACGACCGGCGGCCGGGAGGGUCUCCAGCCGCUUGUCUUCAACCCCGACGGCACUUUGCAAAACGAGCUGCUCAACUUUGUCCUAGACCACGUCUUUAUCGACCAGGACGAUGAGAACCAGAGCAUGGAGGGCGAUGAGGAAGAUGAAGCCAACAAGAUUGAGGCCCUGCACAAGAGAAGGAACCUGCUGGCAGCUUUCUGCAAACUCAUCAUCUAUGAUAUCGUCGACAUGCCAGCGGCUGCUGACAUAUUUAAACAUUACAUGAAGUACUAUAACGACUACGGCGACAUCAUCAAGGAGACCUUGAGUAAAACAAGACAGACUGACAAGAUCCUGUGUGCCAAGACUCUCAUCCUCAGUCUGCAGCAGCUCUUUAAUGAGUUACUACAGGACCAAGGUCCCAACUUAGACCGCACAUCGUCACAUGUGAGCGGCAUCAAGGAGCUGGCUCGCCGUUUUGCUCUCACCUUUGGCCUGGAUCAGAUUAAAACCAGAGAGGCAGUAGCCACACUACACAAAGAUGGAAUCGAGUUUGCCUUCAAGUACCAAAAUCCUCGAGGACCUGAGUUUCCUCCAAUUAACUUGGCCUUCCUGGAGGUCUUGAGCGAGUUCUCCUCUAAGUUGAUUCGCCAAGACAAAAAGACAGUUCACUCGUACCUGGAAAAGUUCAUGUCGGAGUCCAUGUCGGAGCGGCGAGAGGAUGUGUGGCUGCCGCUGAUAUCGUACAGGAACAGCCUUUUGACGGGUGGCGAUGAGGACCACAUGUCAGUCACUUCAGGCUCCAGCAGCAAGACGGGCUCCGUCCGCAGUAAGAAGGGACGGCCGCCUCUUCAUAAGAAACGCAUCGAAGAGGAGAGCAACGUGGAGGGCUCGUGGCUGAUGCGCAACGACACCUUGCAGACACCCAGCGCGCUGCAAACCCCUCAGCUCACCUCAACCGUCCUCCGGGAGAACAGGCCGGCGGAACACAUGCCCGACCCGGAUUCAGAACCCGGUUCAGAGAACGACUUCGUACACAACCCUCAGAUGCAAAUGUCUUGGCUCGGUCAGCAGAAAAUGGAGGAGGUGAACCGGAAGGACCGGACGGCCAUGAACUACAUAAAGUCACGCAGCAAUCAGGGGGUCCGGCAGACAGUGCGCGGGUUGAUGGAGGAUGACGCCGAGCCCAUCUUCGAAGACGUGAUGAUGUCGUCGCGAGGCCAACUGGAGGACAUGAACGAAGAAUUUGAAGACACAAUGGUCAUCGACCUGCCACCUUCGAGGAACAGACGUGAGAGAGCAGAACUAAGACCGGACUUCUUUGAUUCAGCGGCCAUGAUCGAGGAUGAAUCGGGGUUCAGCAUGCCCAUGUUCUGA